AUGGCAAAAAAUCCCGAAGUGGCAUUCACUAAAGCAUUUGAUUAUUAUUUAAGAAAAAACGAACAAUUAAUAACAGAAUCUGCAAUUAAGAAACUCUCAUUACCAUCGAAUUUUUAUAACUGGGUACUUAUCAAAUUUGGUUUGGAUGCACAAAUCACAAGGCUUUGCUUUGAUGAAAUAUUAAAAUCACGUGUUAGUAUAGAUAAGCAAUUACAACAAAAUGGUAAUGCGGACAUACCAAAUGGAAUAAGCCAAUACGAUUUUCACACAAUUUGUAAUAUUUUUAAAAUUUAUUGCAAUGCAAGAAAUUUUUAUAUACCUUCACAUUUAGACAUGAUCUCUCAAUGCACUAGUCAGGACAUUCUAGCGCCAUUAUUCAGAUAUUACUUACCUGAUUUAUUCAAUGUGAAAAUAUCCUUUAAUAUGCCGAUGCAAAUAAUUGAAGACGCAGAUGGCACAGAUAAUCAGUACUGCCAUUUAUUUGUAAAACCAGUAACUGGAAAAAGAAAUAAACGAAUAUUAAAGGAAUGGAAUCAGACAUUGCAUAAUUUAUCAGUAAAUAAUACUAGCCGGAUUAAUAAAGAAUUGGUUACCUUAACACUUUUAGCGUUCCAUGAUUGGUUUAGACAUCUAUCUA